AAACGACUGUAAGGUGGAUGCGAGUCGCUGUGGAGAGUGUGAACGCAGUAAAUCACCUCACUCGGGAUAAUGCCACCACUGGAUAGAAAGCAUCGCUGGAUGUUUGUAGUGGAGAUAUCAAUCCUGUUCUUUGGGAUAUUCCUCAAGAACAGCAUAUGUGAGAGCUCAGGCACAAAUGGGAUGUGCCGACAAAAGAAUUUACUGUUUGUCAGUGCCAAACACCCAGAUAGCAGCUUUCAUUUUCCAUCAGAGGUUGUCUAUCGCGAGGACAAUGGAAGUAAACUCUGUUUCUCUGUCCAGGGAAACAAAACACAUGCAGGCUGUUGUCGCGAAGAAGAUUUCAACUGCAGCUUUGAAAUAAGGGGUAGUGUAAAUAACUACAGCCUAACUCUGAAUAAUGAGACUCUUUCCAAGCAAGAUAUUAUACUGAUGAAUGCACCAGAGCAAAUCGUCCAAUGUAUGCCAUCAAAGUUCUACAACAAGAAUUCAGGUUUCCUUUUAAACAUUCACAACUGCUUGAAUAAAGGUAACAAGUAUUUUAGAUUGAGCCAAAACAGCGUCUGUGAAAAAACUUCAACCAAUAAUGAAGAGGCUUGCAAAGGUUUAGAAGAAUCACAAUACAAGGUCAUUGUUAAUAAUACCGAAAGACAUUGUGUGUCAUGUAAGCCACCAGAAAACACUUCUCCCCCCUUGGAGGAAAAUAAUGACAUCAGUACCAGCCUACAAAACGCAGUAAAUAUCAUGAAUAAUCUCUCCUCCUACCUGGAACAGAUGGGCAAUUGCAGCUCAAGAAGCAUUACAUUGGGCAAUAUUAAAGGAGUGAUCACUAAACUCCACCCCGGAAAUCAAGCCAACAUCAACAUUGGCAUUACAACAAGUCGUGAUGUCAAAAUUCUUGAGGAUAACACUGAUUUGAUAACGUGCUGCUCUCGAUUGGUGCAAAUGCCUAAAGAGGCCAGUGACAUGGCAAUAAAAAGAAAUGGUUCAUUUGCUGGAGUUGUAUUUUUUCCAGGAAUACAUCAGGGUGACAACAACAGUUAUUUUCUUGACAAUGAGGUAGUGGGAAUUAAAAUGGGAUCAGAAAUAUCCAAUCUCUCACAUACCAUAGACAUUCAUUUCAGAAAUGUGGAUAAGAAUGGAAAAAUUGCUUCUUGUAAGUCGUGGGAUGGCAAAGGAAAAGAACCGAUCUGGGUCACAGAUGGCUGUCAGACAAAUGAGACCAAUGACAGCAUCACCUGCCAGUGCUCUCAUCUAACGUUUUUUGCAAUACUGUUGUCACCUCCACCUGGAAACAUAAGCGCUUCAGAUUUUAGGUCUUUGACCUACAUCACAUCCAUCGGCUGCGGCCUGUCAAUGUUUUUCUUGGCAGCGGCUCUCUUCAUGCAUUGUCUUAUCAGAAAAACGAAAGCAAGCCAAGCAACUAAGAUCCUGAUCAACCUCUUUGUUGCCAUGUUCACCCUGAACUUGUCCUUCCUGAUAAAUGAGAGCAUUGCCAACCUAGGGAACUUCGGUGCAUGUGUGGUGAUGGCAGCAGUUAUGCACUACACUAUGUUGGCCACUAUUACCUGGUUUUUCAUGGAGGCUCUACACUUGUACUUUAAUCUAUGGAAGCUCCCCUCUGAAAUCAAACAUUACAUGAUGAAAAUUUGCAUCACAGGAUGGGUCACACCAACUGUAGUGGUGAUUGCUCUUCUUGCCGCAGGAAAAUAUGAUAACUUGGUCAUUUACACCAAUGAUGGGAAUUCAGCAAAAAUGUGCUGGAUCUCUGAUGCUGUUGUCCACCAGGGGGUGAACGUUGGUUAUUAUGCUAUAGUGUUCAUCUUCACCUUUUGCAUAUUCAUCUUAAUUUUGCGGCAGAUUAUUCACUUUAAACCCACAGCAGGGAAAGCCCAGGACAUCAGCUCCAUCAAGACAAACUCUUUCUCUAUCCUAGGCCUGCUCCUCCUCCUCGGCAUCACCUGGGCUUUUGCUUUCUUCAGCCAUGGACCUCUGCUCAUAGCCUCCUACUAUCUGUUCACCAUCCUAAACUCCUUUCAAGGUUUCUUCCUGUUCAUCUACUAUUACAAUUCCAGCAAGAUCGUUGGAGAGGACAGAAGCCUCCCAUUCAGCAGUAGCAGCACAGCUACAUCACACACAGCUGUCACAUCUCCAUAUCAAUAAAGUGUUUGUACUGCACGUGCUUUUCAAAUGGGGACAGAAAGUGUUCUGUGCCUGAGAUUAUUUUGACACAAGAGGGCAGCAUUUCAUUUCAUGUAGUCAAGUAGAUCUUCUGUUGAAUGAGCUGCUGGUAAAUUGGUAUAAAAAUGGUAUAAAAUGUCUGGUGUUGCUGACUUAAUGACUACCCUCUCCUGAAAUGGCUAAUCUGGAUUACCUUCAUUGAGAAAAUUACUCAAAUGAGUCGAGCACUGACAGAGGAGACGGAGUAAUCUCCUGGAAGUCAUUUGUGCCUAUGACUCUUUCAACAGAAGCCCUGUCUGACUCACUGUGAAACUUGCAGAGAAGGUUGUGAUUCACUCAGAAUAUAUCACAGAGCUCCUAAAUCAAAGCUUCAGUCAUACACUGGAACGCAGAGUGUAAAUGUUUAGGAAGAAAAAUAUUACCCUUUUAUGACUGAUGUGGUUGUCAUAUGGACUGAAGAUGGCAAAAUGCAGAAAAAACAAGGUGAAUGGAAGUCUUGUCCCUAACAUACUUUACAGCGUUGGGGGCCGAGCUAGCCAGCUAGCGCUUUGCGUGCCUGCAGAUAAUUACCUUGUGCCUACAGAGAGCAGUAUCAACUGUGCGGGGAGCCUUAACUGCCUGACAAGAAAUGAGCUCAUGGCUACCUAUAGCGAUAAGAGGCCUGAGGGCAUGCCAUUAUGUUGAAACUAAUCUCUGAAAUAUGACUGUAUUUAACUAGCAAUUAUACCAUUUAAUAAGUUAAGUGUAUCUUGGAAAACUGCAUUAUGUUAAUGAUAAGGAGUCAUGGGGAAUUUGUAUGUUUUUAUCCAUUAAUUUGUAUAUUUUUUCUCUAUACCUGAUAUGAUUAAGAUCUAAUGUAUUCAAUAUUCUUGAAUAAGUAAGUAACACAAGAGUUCAUAACAGAUUAUAUCUAAAAACAUUAACCACGUUAUAUAAUUUUUGGACAUAUAGAUAUCUGCCUUAUUUGCUACUUUAUUUGUUUAUUUUACUAGCCUUAAAGGGAACACAGUCUGAUCUUUUAUUUACUUAUUUGUGAUCAUAGUGGCUUGUCAAGGUUUAUUUUGAUGAAAUGUGGUAGGACUGACAGACCUUAGACAAAUGUGUAAUUGGUUUUGUGAAUGAAACUGACAUUGUCUGCAGAAAUAAAGUGCAAUAAAAUGUAUGGUA